CGCCGCCCCGCGGGACUCCGCUCACAGCGGCCGACGGGGCCCCAUGGAGGGGCGGUUGAGCGCAGUCGCCGAGCAGUAGCCGCAGCAGUGGGAUGUUUACCUGGAGGUCCCUCAUCCUUUGGGCUGUGCUGGUCACAGCCACGCUGUCAGCUGCCAGACCGGCCCCCACGCUUCCUGACCAAGCUCUGCCCAAAGCGAACAUCGAGGUGGAAUCCCACUCUGCACACCCCGGCGAUCUCCUCCAGCUGCGCUGCCGGCUGCGCGACGACGUGCAGAGCAUCAACUGGGUGCGUGAUGGAGUGCAGCUGCCUGAGAACAACCGCACACGCAUCACCGGCGAGGAGGUAGAGGUGCGGGAUGCGGUGCCCGAGGAUUCGGGGCUCUAUGCCUGCAUGACCAACAGCCCCUCGGGGAGUGAGACCACCUACUUCUCCGUCAACGUCUCAGACGCACUCCCUUCUGCAGAGGAUGAUGAUGAUGAAGAUGAUUCCUCCUCGGAGGAGAAGGAGGCAGAUAACACCAAGCCGAACCAGGCUGUAGCUCCUUACUGGACCUAUCCUGAGAAGAUGGAGAAGAAGCUACACGCCGUCCCUGCUGCCAAAACAGUGAAAUUCAAGUGCCCCUCAGGUGGGACGCCCAACCCCACGCUGCGCUGGAUGAAGAAUGGCAAGGAGUUCAAGCCUGACCACCGCAUUGGGGGGUACAAGGUCCGCUAUGCCACCUGGAGCAUCAUCAUGGACUCGGUGGUGCCAUCAGAUAAAGGCAACUACACGUGCAUCGUGGAGAACAAAUACGGGAGCAUCAACCACACCUAUCAGCUGGAUGUUGUGGAGCGCUCCCCGCAUCGGCCCAUCCUGCAGGCAGGGCUCCCUGCCAACAAAACGGUGGCCCUGGGCAGCAACGUGGAGUUUGUCUGCAAGGUCUACAGCGACCCGCAGCCCCACAUCCAGUGGCUGAAACACAUCGAGGUGAACGGCAGCAAGAUCGGCCCCGACAACUUGCCUUACGUGCAGAUCCUAAAGACGGCUGGCGUUAACACGACAGACAAAGAGAUGGAAGUCCUUCACUUAAGGAAUGUCUCAUUUGAGGAUGCUGGGGAGUAUACAUGUUUGGCGGGUAAUUCUAUUGGGAUCUCCCAUCACUCUGCAUGGUUGACAGUUCUCGAAGCUAUUGAGGACUCACCAGCCAUGAUGACGUCCCCCCUCUACCUGGAGAUCAUCAUUUAUUGCACCGGCGCCUUCCUCAUCUCCUGCAUGGUGGUGACAGUCAUCAUCUAUAAGAUGAAGAGCACCACCAAGAAGACAGACUUCAACAGCCAGCUGGCCGUGCACAAGCUGGCCAAGAGCAUCCCACUGCGCAGACAGGUAACAGUGUCGGCUGACUCCAGCUCCUCCAUGAACUCGGGUGUGAUGUUGGUGAGGCCCUCACGGCUCUCCUCCAGUGGAACCCCCAUGCUGGCUGGUGUCUCUGAGUAUGAGCUGCCCGAGGACCCGCGCUGGGAACUGCCACGGGACAGGCUGAUCCUGGGCAAGCCGCUGGGAGAAGGCUGCUUUGGGCAGGUGGUGCUGGCCGAGGCCAUCGGCCUGGACAAGGACAAGCCAAACCGUGUCACCAAAGUGGCCGUGAAGAUGCUCAAGUCCGACGCCACAGAGAAGGACCUGUCUGACCUCAUCUCCGAGAUGGAGAUGAUGAAGAUGAUCGGCAAGCACAAGAACAUCAUCAACCUGCUGGGGGCCUGCACGCAGGACGGGCCCCUCUAUGUCAUCGUGGAAUAUGCCAGCAAAGGCAACCUGCGUGAGUACCUGCAGGCACGGCGCCCGCCGGGUAUGGAGUACUGCUACAACCCCACUCGUGUCCCCGAGGAGCAGCUCUCCUUCAAGGACCUGGUGUCCUGUGCGUACCAGGUGGCGCGUGGCAUGGAGUACCUGGCCUCCAAAAAGUGCAUCCACAGGGACCUGGCAGCCAGGAAUGUGCUGGUGACAGAAGACAACGUGAUGAAGAUCGCUGACUUCGGGCUGGCCCGUGACAUCCACCACAUCGAUUACUACAAGAAGACGACAAACGGCCGCUUGCCAGUGAAGUGGAUGGCCCCGGAGGCUCUGUUCGACCGAAUAUACACUCAUCAGAGUGAUGUUUGGUCCUUCGGCGUGCUGCUUUGGGAGAUCUUCACUCUGGGCGGUUCGCCGUACCCUGGUGUGCCUGUGGAGGAGCUUUUCAAGCUGCUGAAGGAGGGCCACAGGAUGGACAAGCCCAGCAACUGCACCAACGAGCUGUACAUGAUGAUGCGUGACUGCUGGCACGCCGUGCCCUCCCAGCGCCCCACUUUCAAACAGCUGGUGGAAGACCUGGACAGGAUCGUGGCCAUGACAUCCAACCAGGAAUACCUGGACCUGUCGGUGCCUUUGGAUCAAUACUCACCCGGCUUCCCAGCCACACGCAGCUCCACCUGCUCUUCUGGGGAGGACUCAGUGUUCUCCCACGACCCACUGCCCGAUGAGCCCUGCCUGCCACGCUGCCCCCCGCACAGCCAAGGGGUGCUAAAGCGGCACUGAGGCUCCGCACGCAGCUGUGCCCACCCAGCACCUCGGCAGGGAGCUCUGCCCAAAGGUUUCAUUUCGCUGUUUGCCUGUUUGGUUGCCUCUCUUUGUUUUCAUCAUCCAUUUAAACCUUUCCCACUGUGCUUGGACAUCUCCACGUGGCGGUGCCUCAGUGUGUCCCUAUGGGGCUGAUGCACUGUGUGAGCAUCCCAGCGCUGCCCAAACCCACAUCUGUGGGGCUGCGCAGCGAACCGUGCAUCAGUGCUGACAACAGAAGUCCCGUGUACAUAGCUAAAAUAUGUAUAAAUAUGAAUAUAUAUUUACAUGUCUUUUUAAAAAGGUUGUUACCAGAGCUAUACCAGUUUGGUAGGAAGGUACUAGUGGCUGGUAGAUAUCAGUUGCUCUAUAUAUAUAUAUAUAUAUAUAUUAAAAAAAAAAAGAAAAAAAAAGAAAAAAAGGAAAAAAAAUAGAAAGAAACAAACAAAAAAAAAUCCAUAUAUUUUGCUACAUUUGCUGUUUUUUAUUUUUUUAAAUUAUGUCCCCCCCACCCUCUUUCAGUUUUAGAUCCCUCGAUAAGGAAUUGCUGCUGCUGCUGCUUCAGUUUUAUAUGGGGUUGUAUUAAAACCAUACUAAAUAACGUUGUCGAUGCCUUUCGGGAGCACACGGCCAAGGUGCCAAUGGCCUUUCCCUCCCCCCCCCCCGGGGGGCUGCAGUGGGGCCGGGUUCAGCUUCAAAGCUGGGCACUGGAGCUCUGAACCCCCCGGGCUGUGCCUUACCUGGCCUUCCCCAUGGGGAGGAAGGGCCAUGGGGGCUGCUGUGUCCCCAUCCCUUCGUCCCCCCCCAUCCCUUUGUCCCCCCCCAUCCCUUCGUCCCCCCAUCCCCAUCCCUUCCCCCCCCACCUCCAGUCCCUGACGCUGGGAGCGCGGAGUCAGGGCGCUAUUACUUGAAAAGUUUAUUUUGCCUUUGUAUGGAGAAAUAUUAUUUGUUGUAAACUCUUCUGUAAUGAAUCUGGAAUUCUUGUAAUUAUUAAAGACUUUAACCAAA